GGACCAAUCAUCAUCGCCGCUGUCCUCCUCAAGCUUCCACUAGCGAAGCCGGCAGAUUCAGAAACAGUUUUUCAUUCACUUGCCUCUUCUUCUCACCUCCCCUACUUCUACCCAUCUCCACUACUGGCAUAAAAACAAACCCAAAAAGCAGAGGCCGGAACUUGAUCACAAUAUGGCUCAAAGGCAAAACGGUGCCAGGCUAGUGUUCCCCGUUGACUUGAAGAAGAAGCCAUGCGAGCAGAAGCUCCCCCUCCACAACCGUUGGCACCCCGACAUCCCUCCGGUGGCUGACGUGGUUGCCGGAGAGCUUUUCCGGGUGGAGAUGAUGGAUUUCAGCGGCGGCCGUAUCACUCAGGAAUUCUCCGCUGAAGACAUCAAAUACGCUGACCCUACUAAUAAAGAAAGCCAACCAGGCUUCCUAAAGCCAUUGAUUGAUUGUCUUUUUUGGGGGUCAGUCAUGGCUCCAUCGACACCAAGGUUAGUAAUUCCAGUAGAUGUGAAGAAGCAGCCAUGGGAGCAAAACCCACCUCUUCACAACCGCUGGCACCCUGAAAUCCCACCGGUUGCAGAGGUUAAAGCCGGCGAAUUUUUCAGAACUGAGAUGGUAGACUGGACUGGUGGGAGCGUUAGGGAUGAUGAAUCCGCCAUGGAUAUCAAAACCAUAGACCUUUCCUGCGUGCAUCAUCUCAGUGGACCGAUCAGGGUUGUGGAUGAAGAUGGUGUUCCAGCGAAGGCAGGAGAUCUUCUUGUCGUGGAGAUUUGCAACUUGGGUCCUCUCCCUGGGGAUGAAUGGGGCUAUACGGCAACAUUUGAUAGGGAAAACGGCGGUGGUUUCCUCACUGAUCAUUUCCCCUGUGCAACGAAAGCCAUUUGGUACUUUGAAGGCAUUUUCGCCUAUUCUCCUCACAUCCCAGGAGUGAGAUUUCCGGGACUGACUCACCCUGGAAUCGUUGGGACUGCACCUUCAAUGGAGCUGCUCGAGAUUUGGAACGAAAGGGAAAGAGAUGUUGAAGAGAAUGGGCAUAAAACUCUGCCACUGUGUAAGGUUUUGCAUUCGAGACCACUGGCUAAUCUCCCAUCCUCCACAGGCUGCAUGCUUGGAAAGAUCAAAGAGGGCACUCCUGAAUGGGAGAAGAUGGCGGCGGAGGCAGCAAGAACGAUUCCAGGGAGAGAAAAUGGUGGCAACUGUGAUAUAAAGAACCUAAGCAGAGGUGCAAAGGUGUACCUUCCUGUGUUUGUAGAAGGAGCAAAUCUUAGUACAGGGGACAUGCAUUUCUCCCAGGGUGAUGGGGAAGUCUCCUUCUGUGGGGCUAUUGAGAUGAGCGGUUUCUUGGAGCUCAAGUGUGACAUAAUAAGGGGAGGAAUGAAGGAGUACCUUACACCAAUGGGGCCAACUCCGCUCCAUGUGAAUCCAAUCUUCGAGAUUGGGCCUGUCGAGCCUAGAUUCUCCGAGUGGCUGGUGUUCGAAGGGAUCAGCGUGGAUGAAAGUGGAAAGCAGCAUUACCUUGAUGCAACUGUUGCAUACAAGAGAGCCGUGCUCAAUGCUAUCGAUUACAUCUCUAAGUUCGGCUACUCGAAAGAACAGGUAUACCUUCUUCUCUCAUGUUGCCCAUGUGAAGGAAGGAUUUCCGGGAUUGUGGACUCUCCUAAUGCUGUUGCAACCUUAGCUAUCCCAAUAGCCAUAUUUGAUCAGGAUAUUCGACCAAAACCAAGCAAAGUGCCAAUGGGACCAAGGAUUGUGAGAACACCAGAUGUUCUAAAGUGCAGUUACGAUGGGAAUCUGCCCAUCACAAAGAACCUCAGUGCAGGCAAAUAACUGUGAAAACUCUGUUGAAACUGCAUUACUAUAAAUAAUCUUCCAAGUUGAAGAAGACGCUUAGAAUGGCUGUACGGGAGAACGACGCUUGUUUGAUGUGAUGCCUUUAAUUUUCUACUUGAAAACAGAACUUUUCAUUUCGCAACAGACUUCAUAUGUAUCAGCAGUAACCAUUUGGAAUGAUAAUAGGAAUCAGAACAAGGAAUAGCAAGAUAACCAUAUGCCUUGGAUAAUACGCUAUCACCUGAAUGUUUCAUGUUACUAAACAGCAUAAAAUAGAAGGAUUCCGUUGAUUAAAAGAGAGAGGAGAUAUGAUGAGGGGAUAUCAUGGGUUAGAUAUCUCAUUUUCUAAGUACUCUCUAGAGACAAAACUUUCAUAUUCCUCUACCAAUUUUAGUCGAUGAAGGUGCUAUUCUAGGUACUAAGAAGACACCAAGCUAGCUAUCAUCAGUAGUAUAUUGAGAGAGUUCUGUGGUGUUGUAGAGAGGGGCGUUGAACGCCAUAAGCCCACAGCCACAGAUCCAAUUCCACCGUCAGCACCUGCUUUCCGGAUUUGAGACGAAUUAAGUCUCUCAUCUUCUCGACAGCAUAUAUGGAGCAGGCCCGUAACUCAACUUCCUCUUCACUUCCAGCAGCAAUCUCGCUUUCGGAGUCAAUCAUGGUAGCAAGCUUAGAAUGAUAAAUUAAAACUCCAAGCUCCCUUAGAACAGCAGGAACUAUGUAGUCAGCAAAUAUAGUUAUUGAGGUUAUGUCAUGGAAAUCUCCAUAUCCCUGGCCCUUGAACGCACCAAACAGAUCCGCUGUAAAUAUCUGAGCUCUUUUGUAGAAGAACACUUGGUGCCCUUUGUAAAC